CUCACAAGGUACAAAACUAAAUGUUUUUUGGAAACUGACAAUACAAAAUACUUGCAAGUAUCACAAUAUAAAUGCCUAACGCAAGAUAACGCAGAACUCACUUCUGAAGGGGAAGCUAAAUACUGUCAUUAGUUUCUCGUCCGUCUGCUGGACUGCAGCAUGACUGAACCCAAAAUAGGUUUGAUAGAAACAAAUCAGUGUCCAAAGCAGGGGACACCAUUACCAGGAAUAUUUAACACUCUCCACACUUUGACUUAUCUUGUGCAAUGGAAAAGGGGAAAAUUACUUUCUCCCAUAUACAGUAUCCACUGUUGAAGAGCUGGUGUCAAACCCGUCUGGGUUUUUCUAGCUAUAGUUUGGCAACUGAAAUUGGAACAAUCCAAGGACAAACCUGUUUGGACAGGAAGAAAGUGGACAUUGGAUAUCAAACAGAGCUGCUACAUAAUCAAUAUGUUGACACAUUUUUAACAAACAGUAAGUGAAAAACUUUUUUCAAAUGAGAAUGAAUUCACUGUCUUUUACUACAGAUCUUUGUAGAUUGUUAUAUUCAUGUUUCCAUACCUUUUGAGAUCAGUAAAUCUAGAAACAAUGACCUUUCACACACUUGGUUAUGUGAGAAUUGAUCCACAAAAAAGGCAGUGUGGAGCCCUCUUAUAUUGAUCAUAGAUUAGUCUCCUGUCUGCACACAUUAAAUAAGUUAAAUAUUACAUCAAAACAUAUGUCAAGGAAAAAAGUAAAAUAAAUAUUAGGUUUUUGUAGUAACAUAUUUUGACAAUAAAAUGUUUUUUAUUAAAAAAAAUGUUAUUGUCAAAAUAUGUUACUACAACAAAUGUCAUGGGAAAAAGGUGCCCUAAUUAUUGUUAUUUUUUUGUUGCAAUAUCUUUGUGGGUGAAAAAAGUUCGGUCACGUGGUCCAGUGCGCGCCGGCUCUGCCACACUGCGCGCGCGCGCACCCCAUGGUCGCCAUGACGCCGAAAGACAACCACAGACGUCGAGCGGCGUAGAUGGACGGGAGCCGAGAGAAGGCUGCUCACGCACAUUUCGUUUGAACGUCCAUCUUUGUGACGCCGGUUGCGAGUCGGUCCACUGGACUUUUUUGUUUGUUGCCGUGGCGUUUCUGGUGAAGCUGGAAUGAAGGCUCACAGCGGGGAGGUCGGAGUGUUUGUCCGGAUCCGGCCAACGGCCAACUUCUGCCCGGACCUCAUCGAAUGUCUCCCCGACGGACAGACGGUGACUGUCCGUCAAAGGAAAGACUGCAGGAAGCCGCAGGACACCAGGAGAGAUCAGCUGAUCUGUUGGUCAUUCCGGCUGGAAGGCGUCCUGCAGGAUGUAUCCCAAGAGGAGGUGUAUGCCCGAGUGUGCCAACGCGUGGUACUGGGAGCACUGGAUGGCUAUAAUGGAACUCUGAUGUGCUUUGGGCAGACGGGUGCAGGAAAGACCUACACCAUGACAGGAUCUACAGAAUCCUACAAGCAGCGCGGCGUCAUUCCUCGGGCCCUUCAGGAGGUGUUUCGGGAGGUGCAGAAAAGGACAGGGCACUUCUUCUCUGUGCACUUGUCCUACUUGGACAUCUACAAUGAGACCCUGGUAGACCUGCUGUCAUCGCUGCAAGGCUCCGCCCGCCAGUCUCCUCGUGGGAUGGUGGUGACUGAGGAGCCGGGAAGAGGGGUGUUCAUCAGGGGCCUGUCCCUUCACCCUGUCCACAGUGAGGAGGAGGCUCUCAACCUGCUGUUUGAGGGGGGCUUGAACCAAAUUAUUGGAUCCCAUGCCUUGAACAGGAACUCCUCCAGGUCCCACUCUAUCUUCACCCUUCAUAUAGAGUCUCGCUCUCGUACUCCGUGUGAUGCCAAGUACGUCACCUCCAAGCUGAAUCUGGUAGAUUUGGCGGGGUCUGAGAGGGUGGGAAAGACUGGGUCGGAGGGUCAAAUGUUCAAGGAAGCGAUGUAUAUCAACAAGUCCUUGUCUUUCCUGGAGCAGGCCAUCCUGGCCCUGGCAGACCGCCGCAGAGACCACGUCCCCUUCAGACAAACCAAACUGACUCACGCCCUCAAAGACUCACUGGGGGGGAACUGCAACACUGUGCUUGUGGCCAACAUCUAUGGUGAGGCUGCACAGAUAGAGGAAACGCUCUCUACACUGCGUUUUGCCAGCAGAAUGAAGUGUGUCCGUACGAACCCUUCUGUUAAUGAGUACAGCAGUCCAGAAGCCCAGAUCAAGAAACUUAAGAAGGAGGUAAAAAUGCUGAAAGAAGAGCUCUCCAUCUUUAAUACAUUGGCAAACCGCCCCAGCAGCAGGUUGUCUGAAGCCCAGCUGGCUGAGAUCAACAGCCAGGUUCGGAAGUAUCUAGAUGGUACCCUGGAGGAAAUCAGUAUUGUAAGUAUCAGGCAGGUCCAAGCAGUGUUUUCUCAGUUCAAGCUUGCUGUGCAGAAACGGGAGAAGAAGGAGAAGUCUCUGAUAUGCCCGACCUACAACUCUGUGGAGAAAGACCAAAGUGCUGAAACAGCCGGCAUCAAGUGGGGCAGCACUGACGACGUGGAGGAAGGCAGCUUUGAGGCGUCUACGCCAUCACAGAAAAACAUCAAGCGGCUGAGUUCAGCCAAAACUAAGAAGUCUAAGGACAAACAGAGCCAAAGCAAGAGACAGGAAGAGGCGAGUCCAGUCUCAAGGAACCUCUUGGAGAGUGACUCCAAACCCAGAACCGUAUCCCUGAGACGCUUAUCGUCUCUUCCCAGUUCUACUCGACCCAAAGCAGAAGCCUUUGAGGAUUUUAAAGUGGGACCAGGCAGCAAAAUCAACAGCAUCCUGAAGGAGAACAAGACCGUGCUGCUGGAACGCCGCAAUCUUCUUCGACAGAUAUCUGAGGAGGUCAACGCUGUCAAGAGAGAGAUCGACUGCUUCAUGCAGCAGCAGACGGGAGGGGAAAAAGGUCAAUAUCCGGUCACGGAGGAGCCAGAUGCCACCUCGCUGAUGGAGCUGAAGGGCCUGUACCGGCAGAGAUAUCAGGUGCUGCGUGAGAUGAAGGCAGAGGUCAACUACUGUCAGCACCUUGUGGAUCAGUGCAGAGUGCGCCUGCUCUCUGAAUUUGAGAACUGGUAUGAGGGGUCUUUCCUGGGAUCCAAGAAAGAGUUGGACCUGACUCUGGAUAAAGCCCUCAAACGCGGGAAGGACAACCAGCGGCCUUCAGAGCUCGAUCCGAGCAGCUUCCACUCGUUCUGCAACGCCCGCUGCAGGAUGCUGAAACUGAGGAAGACGCGAGCAGUGUCCUCCACUCCAGUGCAGAGAAGACUUCCUAAAAGCUAGAAGUCACUACACAGGAGAGCAGCUGAAGGAGGCAGGACCCUAAACCUGCGAGAGAAGCCCCACGAGAGAAAAGAGCAAAGGACUGGAGCAGUCAGUGGCGCACAUUUAAACCGGCUCUCUGAAUUCUAACUAUUAAAGUUACUGCUGG